AGUAUAAAAACCAUUGGCUAAUUUAACUCACUCUCAUAUAUAUAUAAAAGGGCCAAAUGCUCUACGCACCAUAGUCUUUGUUUUCAUUUACUACCAUAUUUAGUUAUCAGCAAUGGACUUCUACUUUGGAAACUCUCCUCCUUAUCCCAAUAAUUAUGCUCAUAAUUCUCUUAAUAUGGCUCUAUCUUCCCCUGAGAUUGCACUAUCCGAUUAUCUCAUGCUCGAUGACUAUGUUGAUCAUCAAGAUUCUCGAUCAUCACAAAGCACCGAGUCAUCUGAAAAAGCAACCUUCAGUGAUGCCACUCACGGAUUCAGUACUGGUGCAACCUCUAAGAAUAAUAACAUAAACUGCAAAAAUGGGAUUAAUGAAAACAAAGGUGGAGUGGGUCCAAGGAUCGCGUUUAGAACCAAAUCAGAGCUUGAGAUCAUGGAUGAUGGAUACAAGUGGAGGAAGUACGGCAAGAAGUCCGUGAAGAGCAGUCCCAAUCUAAGGAACUACUACAAAUGUUCAAGUGGAGGAUGCAGUGUGAAGAAAAGGGUGGAAAGAGAUAGAGAUGACUACAGCUACGUGAUAACAACAUAUGAAGGUGUGCACAAUCAUGAGAGCCCAUUUACCACAUACUACAGCCCCAUCUCCUUCGUACAUUCUGAUACUACUUUCAAAUGACACCAACUUCAAACCCUUUUGGGCAUUUACACCUCCCUAGCUUAAUUAUGUGCCAAGAAAAAGCUUGGAAGAUUCGAUCGAGCAGGGGAAGCUAUGUAUCAUUGCAUUGUCUAAUCAAUCAUAAUUUAUUUUCAUGCUGUAAUAGGUUGAAGAGAGUUUCUAUACCUUUUUUUGGUUCCACGUUUAAUAUAUCUCUCAAUUAAAAAUCAGCCUUUGCUAGUUCAUGUAACAAGGAACAUGAUUCUCCAUGUGUAAAGUUGUUCAAAUCUUAAAAGUAAGUAUCUUGUAUUAGGAUUAGAGUAUCUCUCUUGUACUCUGUUUAAUAAUAAAAGUUUUGCCUCCUAAAAAGAUCUUAGAAGUAA